CACUACUAUAUAACAAAUAAUUUGAGGAUAAUGUACAACUAAUGAGUGCUAUGACGAUGCUGGCCCCUUGUAAACUUGAGCAAAACAGCAAAAUUCUCGGACAAAACACUAUAUCCGGUCACCCUAUUAUAAAACAAGAAACCAUUGAGCCCAGUCCGCCACUUGUCCCCAAAGGGGAAAAGGUUGAAGGUGGUUCAGGAGAAGAUGUAGCUAUGGACAUUUCAAUAUCACUUACACGAGAUGAGAUGGAACAGUACUUACCAAGACAAGCUCCUCCUCUCCUUUACCGGCCCGCUAAGAAAAUAAACUAUCGGAGAGAAUCUGCCAAGGUGGUAGACGAUUUCUUCAACAAUGAAGCAGCUAAAGGUUCCGGAGAUGGACCUGUGGACCCUGCCACCUUCAACCCCCCCUCGUCUCUACCAAACAUCAAGGAGGAGAGGAUAGAUUUCAUGCGGCCUGCCCCGCCCCUUUUUAUGAACAAUCUGCAGCCCCUCCAACCAAUGGGGCCCCCCAUGGGGCACUUAUCACAAGGUCCCCCUCCGCCGCCUCCCCCCGCUUCACACCCGCCUAUAAAGCAGGAACAGUUCACCACUUUUGAGAGUUACCCUGUUACCAUGGCACCCCAAGUUAACCCCAUGAGACCGGUUAUAAGUCUGCCAGAGACAGGAGCAAUAGCUGACACCCUGCGCCCCGCCAUGACGCUGCCAGAUCAGACCUUACCUAGCUACCAGGCUAGUCUAGACAGUGCUUCACAGAACAGCCUGCAGAGCGGCGGCGCUGCUCCCAGCUCUAUCCACCAGGACAUCAAGACCUCUGAUAUCCUCUCCAUGCUGAUCAGAAGCGCUAAUAUCCCCAACUCUCAGCUCAACAAUCCCGGACUCAGUAUGAUUAACUCGCACCCACUUACUCACCUACCUGCUACUGAGUCUAACUACGGGCUGGGCAUGAGGCGCACGCCCGUCGACAACACGCGCAAGCGCGUACACAAGUGCGACCACAUCGGGUGUACCAAGGUUUACACAAAGAGUUCGCACUUGAAGGCGCACCAGAGGACCCACACAGGGGAGAAGCCUUAUAAAUGCACGUGGGAAGGCUGCACGUGGAGAUUUGCGCGCAGUGACGAGCUCACUAGGCACUACAGAAAACACACGGGUCAAAAACCGUUCAAGUGUUCACACUGCGACCGGUGCUUCAGCAGGAGUGACCACCUAGCUCUCCACAUGAAGAGACAUUUAAACACGUGAUGUGUGACGCCAUGCCACGUGAUGUGUGACGUCACACCACGUGAUUAUGACGUCAUACCGCGUGGUUUACGAGAAAGAAUGCAUGGCACGUGGGACUUACAUCCGUGUCUUUUAAUACAGAUUAAUGUAAAGUUUGUAGUUCUAAGUAAAGCCUCUUUGACAAACGCCGUUAUUGCAAAGGUUUUUAUUAUUUGACUGUGAAAUAAUUGUAAGUGUCGGAAUAUAAAGCACAUACAAUAUCUGCAAAACUACUAAGCUUUUUGUACUAAGAUCUGAGAUGCACAGUAAGAUUUCAGCAGGCCUUCCUUCCACUGUACUACAGUUAGCCCCAUAUAUGGGCAUCACGUGGGGUCCAGUAUUUAACCAGUAUAUAACAUUAUCCUGCAUAAUAUGGGGAUAUUAUGAUAUCAGUUAUUAGUUACACUAAUGUAACAGUGUAAUAAGGUUACACUCCAACUGGGAUAUUCACCACAUUUUCUCCUGAUCUGUAAAUAAUUUAGCACAAGGGAUUUGCAGAGCUUGAUAAAGGAGUUACACGUGACGUUUGUUGUCUAUUUCUGGUGAUGGUAACUUGAAUACUGUAGUAGCGAGGAGGGGCCCUCAGAUUUGUACUGGAUUAACUAUGAAAUGUAAUUGUGACGUUAUUUCGCGCUUUUUAAAGGACUAAAUAUUCAGUAAUAUAUAACUUUCUUUAUGAAAGUAAAAUGUGUUGUGUCGAAACUUAAAAUAAUCUUAUACAAUAUUAAAUAUAUUAACUGUGUUUUUCCUUUUAAAUUUCGCUUUCUGCGGUGUAUAAUAAUUAUAACGCAGUCUGAAGACAGUUCGGCAAGCUAAAAACUUUCAAACCUUGAAAGUUAGUUAUACAAUUAUAUAACUAUAUUAAUAUAUACAAUAAUGAAGUGCAUGGUAACUAUGGUUACUUGAUUAGUAAAUACUUAAUUAGUAAGUAUAAUAUUAUAAUGUCUUUCUUUGAAGUGUUGUUAUUAUAGUUUUUUAAAAAUUUCUACCACACGACUCCACGUAAUACAAUACGUGAGACGUUACAAGACACGAUACUCUGCAUUUUCCUUCACAAUACCUUGCGCGUCACCAAUACUCCAAACGUUUUGCAAGAAGCGCAUAUGUGCGCGUCAAGCGCAGAUGUGCAUGUUGUUUUAGCGCAAGUUUUUGUGAGCUAGGCACUAAGUAAAUUUGUUACCAUCAGAUGUUGAUUGUAAAGAUUGUGCUUAACCAUGGAGUACUGCUGAAGCUACACGAAUCCGACAUUCUGACUUAUUGUUGCUCAGAUUUAUCAUGAUUAUACUGACAGAAAGUGUCGCACAAGUGUACUUGUGGUGCGCACAAGUGUACUUGUGUUGCGCACAAGUGUACUUGUGUUGCGCACAAGUGUACUUGUGUUGCGCACAAGUGUUAAUUAGUUAAUUUAACUUUAUAACUUAUUAGUUAAUAAUUUUAUAACUAAUUUAGUAAACAAGACACUUUGUUGAGACAAACAUGGUAACGUGUGGAAAACGUUUGAUUUGUAAAUCAAUUAUAAUGAAAUAUACUACCACUUACCAGCAAUACAACUAACAAUUAAGUAAUAAAUUGGUAAUUAUUAAAAUCUUUUUGGCAAAUCUCCCAAUUCAAACUUGCAAUAAAACUAAGGGGGUUGGUCUAGUGGUGAUAUAACUAAUUUACUAGACAAGUGAUAAGUCCGGUGGGAAGAUAAAUAUUUUACUGGACACAAAUAAUAAAAUAGAGUGGCGUGUCUCUGUAACUUAUUUUUAUCAAUAAUACGCUAAUAUGUAAUCUUUUUCAAAGAUUUAA